AUGACCGCCACUUUACCCCGUCACUAUGAAAAUGUCCACGCCAAGGUGCGACGAUGGUUUCGUGCCUUGAACGACUGGGACCUACAUAUUAGAGGCUUUGUCCGGCUCGAACACGUCAAGAGCCACGAGGAACGUGUGCACGACUCCUUUAAACCAUCGGAAGAUGAGUCGCAGAAGGGCGAUCGCAAGCGCAAGCGGGAGAAACGAUAUAACGAACAGCCGAUCAAGAGGCGCAAGAAGGAGAAGAGACACAUCAAAACAGAGGUUCCACACAUCAAGGAAGAGGUUGAAUUAAAUGAAUAG